UUUUGAAAAUUUCUUUUUGCCAAUAUCUUGGAUGCCGGUGCUCCCUUCUCCUCUCGUGAGUGUCCUUAUACAAAAACAAUGUCUUGUGAUAUAUUUUUCAUGUUAAUCCCUCCCCAUUUGUGCCAUUACAUACAUACAGUGAGGAUCCCUGUAAAUUUUUGUUGGGUUUAUGUAUCUGUUGCUUGUUUAUUAUGUUCUUACUCUUACAGUAAAUACACUUUCCUCCCGUUAGAUUCUGUGUGACUGUGAGCUUCUAAAUGUAUUAAACAUUUACCCAUCUUUGUUUAUCUUUUAAAUUUCUUUACACCAUCAUCAUUAGAGCUUUUCCUCUGAUAUCUCAUUCCUUUCUAUGUCCUUAGUUUAAUCAGUGCUAAGUAUAUCAUAUUUGAGGGAAGCUUCCAAGCCAUGGCAGGGCAAAUCGCCUAUGUAAGUUGGUUUUAAAAAUGGUGCGUAUAUGUAUGGAUUAUUUUGAUACAGGCAUUUGGAAUUUGGAUCAAUUUUAAGCUUUAGUUUUUGAGUUGUUUGUUUAUUGCUUAGAUCCCUUGUGUUAGUAUUGUUAGUUCAGUUGGGGAGGAUUCUUGUUGGAGAGCGUGGGAUUGGUUUGGUGGAGUAGAUAUUUGAAUGUGGCAGUAGUUGGAACUUGGAGUCGCUGUUCGGUGAUGCAUGGCUGAUUGUGUUGAUGGAUGGGAAAAGGUUAGGUUGGCAUGGGUUUCGUAGGUUAUCCAUAAAUUAAUUAUUGUUGUAGAGUGUGGGGGUUUGCGUUUCCCACCUCUCAUUCCUCAUCCCCUCGUCACCAGUCCGGUCAAUUUCUGUCGCAAGCAAUGGAAUGGCACUGAUGAUGAUAUCUAGACUCUCGUUACACCAUUUGAUCGUCAGAUUUAUUCUUUUCAGUACAAGUGUUUCUGGUCGGGUUACAAAUAUCUAAAAUUGCAAGCUUAUUAAUUAUUUAACUCCGGAUUAGAAAUUUAAUCUAUUCUUAGUUGUUUUCUUAAAAAAACAUAAUCGGGUUUUAAAAGGCACAAUUCUAUUGCAAAUAAUAGUGAAAUGAUUUGAUUUAAGAUUUGGAUUUGAGAAGUACUUUUUCAAUAUUUUUUAAUAAUGAAAAAUAUAAAAAUCCGAAGAAAUCGAAAUUGAAGAACAAAAUACAGGACGUUGAAGGUCCGCCACAUCCCAAAGAUAACAAUAGUAAGUAACGAUUGGUAAUAAAAGACUCCACGCUCCCUCCUCCACCUGCGCUUCGAUAGUUUCGAUUUAGAAAGUUCUUUUCCGACAGCAAGCAUACCUGACGUAGAAAACCCAAAGCCAAAGCGAGGGAAAGGAGAAGACGUAGAAGACGUUGUUGAAAGAAGAAUAGAGAUUAUGACGUUGGCUCUCUCUUCGGCAACGUCUGCUUCUUAUUUCAUCACUCGUCAUAAUGCAAAGCCUUCUCCGGUUAUCAAAACGACCUUCAUGACUCUGAAACCAGCGUCGUUUCCUUCCCCUUUAACCGCCGUCAUUGUGUCUGCCGGGGCGCGGAGGAUCGUUUCUUGCCAAGCUGUCUCCACCGCUUCCCUCGACAAGGACGAGAAAAACGCGUCGGCUUCGGGGUCCGCCGAAGCCGACGAGGAAGCUAAAGUAGGGGCCAAGGUUAAGGUGAAGGUACCGCUCAAAGUGUAUCACGUCGUUCGCGAGCCGGAGUUGGAUCUGAUCGGUAUGGAAGGAGUGAUUAAGCAGUACGUCGGAAUCUGGAAAGGGAAACCGAUUUCAGCUAAUCUUCCUUACAAGGUGGAGUUUCUUAAGGAAAUUGAAGGCCGAGGACCUGUCAAGUUCUUCGUCCAUCUUAAAGAGGAGGAAUUGGAAUUCCUUGAUUAGAAAUGUCGGUUCUUCUCCGUACGCCAGGCAAAAUUACUCUUUUUUUAAGCGUCUUUUUGCUUUCUUUCUUAUAACCAAAAGCCAAUAACUGCUCAUUGUUGUAUAUAUUUUACCUUUACCGUUCAGUUCUACCUGGGAAUCUGAUUUCUUUGUUUUUGUUUUCUGUUCGUUACUUUGUAGAAUCGAAGUUCCUAUACCUUAAAUAGAUUUGAACUUCUUAUAUCUAGAGUUACCUUAAAUAGAAUUGAAGUUCUUAUA